AUGAUUAAGCUGGAGACGAUUCAGACUAAUAUGAACAAGGCUCAUGACCGUCAGAAGAAGUACGCGGACCAGUCAAGAAGAGAAGUAACUUUUGAGAUAGGAGAUUGGGUUUAUUUGAAUGUUACAGCCCAAACAGGGAAGGACAGAUUUGGCAAGGUCGGGAAACCAGCUGUAAGAUUCAUUGGUCCGUACAAGAUCAUCGGGAAAGUUGGUGAGGUAGCUUACCGAUUGGAUCUGCCAGCGGAUAUGCAUCUACAUCCGAAUCCAAGUGUUGUUGAAUCCGAGAGACUAGAGGAGCUGGGGAGGAACCUUACGUAUUCGAGAGGACCAAUCAGAUUAGGAGAACGGCGUAUUCGGAAGCUGAAGAAUCGUGAGAUUGCUCAAGUGCAAGUAUUCUGGGGAAGACAAAACAAGAUUCAUGUUACUUGGGAGGAUGAAGAGAGAUUUAAGGCCGAUCACCCGGAAUUUUUCCGAGAGGACGUUGUGAUGGAAGAAGGAGACCCCUCAGAACCUUAG